CGGACGCUUAUCGGCCUGGAUUCGCAAUGAGAGCCCCCAGCCGGCGAACGUUCUCUCUCAGCACUCCCAUAGCCAGGAGAGAGUAGGCCGAGUCAGUCAUGGCCCCGCCCGAACCGAAAGUCAAAGUACGCGUGUCGGAGACCACACCGCUCCUCCAGGCCGACGCGCUCGAGCCGCAGCCGACCGACCCCGAGGUGGUCGCGUACGAGACGGAGGCACCCGCUGCGCGUGCAGAAGGCCGGGACGCCGAAGAAAACGGGGAUGAGGUUGUGAAAGAUGCACCCACCGGUGCCGCGUUGUUCGCUAUCGUGCUCCCACUAUCCAUAGGAGUCUUCCUCGUCUCGAUGGACGGCACGAUCGUCGCAUCCUGCUACGCGUCCAUCGGCUCCGAGCUCAACCAGCUCCAAAACACGAGCUGGAUAGCAAGCGCCUACAUGCUCACCAUGACCAGCUUCCAGCCUCUGUAUGGCAAACUGGCCGACAUUUUUGGUCGCAAACCGUGCCUCCUCUUCGCGUACACCAUCUUCGGUCUCGGUUGCCUCUGGUGCGGCCUCGCACGCUCGAUGCCCGAGCUCAUCCUUGCCCGCGCGUUUGCCGGCGUAGGUGGCGGCGGGAUGUCCACUGUCGUGUCCAUCAUCAUGAGCGACAUCGUUCCCCUCCGGAAUCGCGGAACGUGGCAGGGAAUCAUCAACAUCAUCUGGGCUUCCGGCGGCGCCACUGGUGCACCCCUCGGCGGCGUCCUCUCGGACACCAUCGGCUGGCGCUGGGCGUUCAUCCUGCAGUUCCCUGCCACCCUCCUCGCCUUCACCUCUGUUUCGCUCCUCCUGCACCUCCCCUCGCCCUCCCACGCUGACUUCUUUACCAAGCUCCGCCGCAUUGACUUCCUUGGCUCGGCCCUGCUCGUUUUUGCGGUCUCCUCCCUCCUCCUCGCGCUCGACAACGGCGGCAACGUGUCCUGGGCCGUGCCCUCCACCCUAGUCCCUCUCCUCCUCUCGAUUCUUCUAUUCGCCCUCCUCGUGUUUGUAGAGACGAACCCUCGCCUUGCCAAAGAGCCCCUCGCGCCAUCCCGCAUCGUUGGUGCGCCGCACCUCCUCGCCGCCUACCUCUGCAACUUCUUCGGCAUGGCCGCUGCCAUGGCGGCCACCUUUACCGCGCCGCUCUAUCUUCAGGCCGCGCGCGCUUUCACGCCUACCCGUGCAGGGCUCACCCUCCUCCCCGGCGUCCUCGCAGGAGUCACCGGCUCGCUCUCCGCGGGCAUCAUCAUGCAGAAGACCGGUCGCUUCUACGCGCUCACUAUCGUCGAGUACGCAAGCCUCACCCUCGGCGCGCUCAUCAUCGCGCUCUGGACAGGCGCGCUCGGCUGGAGCUACGCGCUCCUCCUCACCGGCUUCGUGUGCCUGUCCCUCGGCAACGGCGGCGGCAUCACCUCGACCCUCAUCGCGCUCAUCGCCAAUGCCGGCGCGGCCGACCAGGCGAUCGCGACCGCCGUGUCCUACCUCUUCCGCUCGCUCGGCUCCGUCGUCGGCGUCUCCGUUGGAGGUUCGCUCGUCCAGGACGCACUCCGUCAGCGCCUCCGUCAACGCCUGCCCGGGCACGCCGCGGACGAGAUCGUCGCCCGCGUGCGCGAGUCGCUCACGUACGUCGACACGUUACCGGACGCGACGCGCGCCGCCGUGCGCAGCUCGUACGAGGACGCGGCGCAGGUUGCGUUCUGGUUCGCCGUCGGUAUGGCCGCGUGCGCGUUCGUGAGCAGCUGGUUCAUGAAGGAAAAGCCGUUGCCCGGGCGCGCCCCCGCUGCCGCAAACGGCACCCGUACUCCAGAGACGUCGAGCGCGGACGGGAGCGGCUCAGAGUCGGAUGGAAGGUGAUUACGAGAGGGAAUGCGAAACAGGAGUUCUCCUAUAGAUGUACAACCACGUACAGCGCAUAACAAUAGACAUAAACCGUGGUCCGGC